UUUUUAUUUUUUCAAACCUCUUCUUAUUUCUUUUCAUUCACAAUAGCUAAGCUUUUAUAGCUUUUAUUUCUGUAAAGCUUCAUUCAGUCACAAAGCUUUGAUUACUUAUCAGCAGCAAGUCAAAAAGCGAUAAACAAAACAUUGACAUUUUUGUCAUUUUGACAUUCGCCAAUAAAGCAUUGAACUUGAAGUAUUAAUUGAAUGCAAGUAAACACAAUUGUUAGUGGAAGUAUUUAAUUUUCAAAAAAAUAAACUUUUAUCGCGACAACUUUCAGCGCAUAAAACAAAAUGUCCACAAAGUUUUACUAUUUUGGCUUUGGCAGUAAUCUUCUAGCCAAAAGAAUACACAUACAAAACCCUACAGCAGUGCGCGUAGGACCUGGGAAACUUGAAAAUUACCAACUUGAUUUUUAUACGAGUUCCCGCACUUGGUUUGGCGCGCCAGCCACUAUAGUACCUAAACCAGGGGCCUGUGUUUUUGGCGCCAUUUGGGAGAUUGAUAACAGUAAUUUGAAAGAUUUAGAUGAUCAAGAAGGCGUUUCUGCAGGCAUUUAUGUACCGAUUGCAGUGCCAGUACUUGAGCUGAACAGCAAAAAAGUGAUAGAAUGUCGCGCCUAUCACUUAACAAAUCAACCAACCGGUGAUGUGAGAUGUCUGAAACCCGAAGAGAUACCCUACGAUCGACAACCAUCGAAAACAUAUAUGAAAACUAUUAUGAAAGGUGCUUUGGAGACUUGUCUGCCGCCAGAGUAUGUGCAGUGGCUGCGUACCAUUAAACAUAAUGGCAAGAUGGUCGAUGCGUUGGAGAAGAAAUUGGAAUUGCAAAAUGUGAACUUGUAAGGACAGUUGUGGGACAAUGAAGCUUUGGUGGAUAAACUUUAAAGGUUUACUGUAUUACAGAAAGGGGAAAGACAUUAAAAGCAUUUAGAGUGGAACUUAGGUGUUCGUAUUAAUAAAAAUAAGUUCUUACAUGCCAGUAGAACUAGUUAAAGAUAUUAAAAGUUUAAUAAAUAACUUUAAAUUUAUUGUUUUUA